GCGGCUGGAGCCUGGCAUGGCCCAGAACGGGGCGAACCCCUUCCAGGAUCCUGCUGUGAUGCAGCACCAGCCCAGCACGGAGUAUGCGACUCUGGAUGUGUACAACCCCUUCGAUAACAGAGGGCCACCCCCUCCCUACCAGCCCCAGCCAGGGGCUCAGCCGACUCCACCGGUCACCAAAGUUCCCCAGCCACCAGCCUCUGCCAUGCAGCCCCCCAAGAAGCCCAGCCCCCCAGAGUCCAAAAACUACGGCUCCUAUGGAACUCAGGAAUCGACAGCAGCAGCCGCCACAGCUGAGCUGCUGAAGCGUCAGGAGGAGCUGAACCGGAAGGCAGAGGAGCUGGACAGGCGGGAGCGGGAGCUGCAGAACGCAGCUUUGGGCAAUGCUGCAAUCAGACAAAACAACUGGCCUCCGUUGCCCUCCUUCUGCCCCAUGAAGCCCUGCUUCUACCAGGACAUCGCUGUGGAGAUCCCCAUGGAGUUCCAGAAAACAGUCUCCUCCAUGUACUACCUCUGGAUGGGUGAGCAUCUGGAGAAGGGCACCAAGCACCGUGACCCUCUUCCUGAACUUCUUGGCCUCCCUGGCCUGGUUCAGCGUGGAGGUCGCAACUGGUUCGCACUUUGGUCUCUCUAUCCUCUGGGUUCUCCUCUUCACACCCUGCUCCUUCCUGUGUUGGUACAGGCCAAUGUACAAAGCCUUCCGGAGCGACAGCUCGUUCAACUUCUUUGCGUUCUUUUUCAUCUUCUUCGUCCAGGAUAUUCUGUAUGUGCUGCAGGCCAUCGGCAUCCCAGGCUCGGGAUUCAGGUAGGGGCCACCCUAGGCUCGGGAGCUGGCUCUCCUUUCUCUGGCCUGGCCCUGUGUUGCUUAUGCAGAGACCCAGCUGUGCCAGCUAGUCCAUCCCAGCAGGACUUGGUGCUGGGCAAGGUUGCUGGGUGCUCCUGUCAUGAUGGGGAUGGGGCUGGGAGUCUGUGUGCAUGGGCAGCCCUCUCUCUCUCUCACUGCAGUGGCUGGAUAGCAAGUCUGACUGUGCUGAGGAAAAAUCAGGCUGCUGCUGUGAUCAUGAUCCUGGUGGCUGUGUUCUUCACGGUGGUGGCCGUGUCGGGGAUCAUCAUGCUGAAGAGGAUCCACUCCCUGUACCGCCGGACAGGUGCCAGCUUCCAGAAGGCACAGGAAGAGUUUGCCGCAGGCGUCUUCUCAAACCAGGCAGUGCGCACAGCAGCAGUCAAUGCUGCGACGGGGGCAGCGGGCAGUGCCUUCCGGGCGCAGUAGGGGCAGGCCAAGCCCAAGGCCCCAUCACUCUCACAUGGGCUAUUUUUAAAGAAAAGGAAACCAAGUUGCACUUUCAUUGGGUCCCUUUGUGUCUGCCUCGGCCA